AUGAACGCUCCAGAUAGAUUUGAACUGUUUCUGCUCCCUGAGGGAGAGGCCAAGCUAACAAUAGACCCAGAUACAAAGGCACCUAACGCAGUAAUAGUGAUGUUUGAGAAAGAAGACCACACCUUGGCAAAUCUCAUCAGAGCGGAACUUUUGGAAGACAAGAAAGUCCUUUUCGCUGCUUACAAGGUAGAGCACCCUCUGUUUGCCCGUUUUAAGAUGAGAAUACAGACGGUUGAAGGUUACGACCCCAAAGAGGCGCUAAAAAACGCAUGCAACAGCAUUAUCAGCAAGCUUGGACAGUUACAUUCCAAUUUCGAGACAGAAUGGAAUCUGCAGGCCCUUGCCACAGAAGACAACUACGGAGUCUGA